AUGAGGAAGUGCCCCGGGAAUGCGAAGCGGAGCCGGGAGGACAGCCCCGACAGGACGUGCAUCACGCUGGUGCGGGCGACGCUGCUUCCCAUCCUGAGCAUCGAAAAAAAUGAGAAGACGACGCUGUUCCACCCCUUCAAGAACCCCCUCCCUGGGUUCAUCAGCGAUAAGAAUCUGUACGUUCAGAAAACCCUAGGCGCAAAGGUCAGGCGAACAGGAUGGAUAAAUCUCAUGAAGAACUCCAUCCCAAGGAGGUCAGACGAAACGGAAAUGAAUGAACAGAAGGAAAACGAAAUAAAAAAGGAUUUUGUGCCGCUAAUCUUGUACGAGGAUGAAAAGAGCAAAGUAGAAGUGGAUCCCAUUUUGGCUCAAUACCUGAGGGAACACCAGCGGGAGGGAGUCACCUUCGUCUUCGAGUGCUUAAUGAAUCUAAGGGACGAAAAAAUAAGUGGAUGUAUCCUGGCAGAUGACAUGGGAUUAGGAAAAACUCUUCAAAGCAUUUCCGUAUUGUACACACUUCUAAAACAAGGGAUCGAUAAAAAGCCAGCUGUUAGGAGGUGCCUGAUUCUAUGUCCAGCUAGCUUAAUCAAUAACUGGAAUGACGAAAUUAAUAAAUGGCUACCUGGAAGAUGCAACGUGACUUGUGUUAACGACAAUGCAAAGGAGAAGAUUGUGAGUAAGUUGGAAGGCUUCAAGUACGACCAUAAAUCGACAGUCAUCAUCUGCUCGUAUGAAUGCUUCCGUAUCAACAACGACUCGCUGGAUAAGUCCUCCAUCGAUAUGAUCAUAUGCGAUGAAGCACAUCGGUUAAAGAAUGACAAGACCAAGACGUAUAUGAGCAUCUAUAAGUUGGCUGCUCGGAAGAGACUUCUUCUUUCUGGUACCCCAAUACAGAAUGAUUUGAGUGAAUUCUUCGCUCUGAUUUCUUUGUGCAACCCGGAUCUCUUUGACGACACGAAUCUGUUUAGGAAGAAAUACGCCAAUCCGAUUCUCAUUGGAAGGGAUAAAGACGCAACGGAGAAAGAACAAGAAAUUGCAUCGGAGCGACUAGCCGACCUGUCAACCAUUACAAAUAAGUUCAUUCUAAGGAGGACAAACAAUUUACUCUCUAAAGUGCUGCCCGUAAAGUAUCUAAUUAAUAUAUUUAUUAAGCUAAAUCCCAUCCAGGAAGCUCUGUACGUUCUUUUUUUAAAGGACAAGCGGAUACUGAAGAACGAUCAGAGCACCACCAAGGUGAAUGUUCUGAUGAAUAUGAAGAAAUUGGAGAAGAUCUGCAACCACCCGCUGCUGCUUAAUUCGAAUGAAAUCAAGGACGUUGGGAAGCUGUCCCUGGGUAAGCUCAUUGAGGACGCGGCGAAGGAGCAGGAGAAGAAGAAGCCAGACCGGGGCGCCAAGCGGGGGAACGUAGGAAGUGGAGGCAGCGCAGUUGGCGGGGAUGACGGAGCAGCGGCGGGGAGCUCCAAACAAGGAAGCAACUCACAGAGGGACCGCGAUCGGGACCGUGACCGCGACCGCCGAAGAGCCGUCGAAAUGGACUACGACAAACCGGUGAAGAAGCUGCUAGAAGAAUGCAGAAGAGACACACACAGGUCCUACUACAACAUGUCGUGCAAAUUCCAGCUGCUCCACUUUCUCCUAAAAACGAUCAAACAAAACACCACAGAUAAGGUAGUCAUAGUAAGUAAUUACACACAAACCCUGGACUAUAUGGAGAUCCUAUGUAAAGAGAACUUCUACAAGUUUGUCCGCUUAGAUGGCGGAAUCAGCAUCAAAAAAAGGCACAAGGUUAUUAAUGACUUCACACACUCGUCUGAUAUUUUUAUAUUCCUUCUUUCGUCCAAGUCUGGAGGGUGCGGCAUCAAUCUUAUCAGUUCGAAUCGCUUGGUCCUUUUGGAUCCUGACUGGAACCCUGCGAAUGAUAAGCAGGCUUUAGCGAGAGUCUGGAGAGAAGGACAAAAGAAGAUCUGCUACAUUUAUAGGUUGUUCUGCACAGGUACCAUCGAUGAGAAAGUGUAUCAAAGACAGAUAAGUAAAGAUGGACUCUCCUCCAUGAUUGUUACGAAUACGAACUUAUCCAAAGAUCAAAUGUCCGACGAAAAUGUGAAGAAAAUCUUUAAUUACAAAAUGAAUACUCUUUGUGAAACCCAUGAUAAUAUUCAAUGCACUAGGUGCACUAUUAGAAAUUGCCCCGAGAAAGACGUAGAAAACUUCUCGGAGCAGUUGGAAGAUUUUGAGGAAGAUGAUGUCAACACCUGGGCACACCAUCAAAAUGUAGAGACUGUUCCUGAUGAGAUUCUAGUCAAGGCUGUCAAGGCCGCUACUGAUUAUAAGAUUAACGAGAUGAGCAACUUUCCCGUUUUGAAGAAACUAUCCGAUUUGUUUGUUACCUUUACCAUGAGCUGCAAGAUUGAGUUCCGCGACGACUUAAUUAAGCAGAAGGCGCAGAAGGCCCAGCUCAAGGCGCGCACGGGGCACUCCGACGCGGCGCCGGGUCGCGAGGAGGGUGAGCUGGACCAGGAUGAGGAGGCGGAUUAUGAGGGGGAAGACGAGGAGGAGGACGAUGACGAGGGGGACCAAGAAGAGGAGGACGAGGAAGAAGACGAAGAAGAAGAGGACGAAGAGGAGAAAGAGAAGGAAGAGGAGGAGGAGCCUCCGCGCAAAGUGGACUACAAACACAAACUGAUGGAAAAAAUCAUGGAGUACCAAUUCGCGCAGAAAAAGGAGAAGGGCGAGGGCCUGGCCAAGAAGAAGUCCGAUGAGGCCGCCCAGGCGGGAGGCGACGCAGAGAAGCCUGCGCUGGCUAGUAGCACCUCCCUUCAAGGGAAGGAUAAAAUCAAGCGGGAGGACGAUAACCAGCUGCCACCCAAGGAGACUCAAUCCAAGGAGACUCAACCCAAGGAGACUCAACCGAGCCAGAAGCAGGACGGGAAAAUGAGUAGCAAGGCAAAGGCCAAGUCUCAGGAGGAGAUCGUGAGCGAAGUGGAGGACACCGCCUCCAUGCGAGUCACCCGAAACAUGAGCCAGAGGAAUUUGAUGGAACUCCUGUCGCAGGAUGAAGAGUCCAAGGUGACUCUCUACACAUCGGAGGAAGCAGACGCCUCCGUGGAGAAUGCGAGCACGGACAGUUCGUACUUCAUGUGA